UUGUUCAAUAACGGCAAAGAUUAGAUAUAUAAGUAUAUCUACACUUUGAUACGGCAGUUAUUCCACAAAAGACGCUUUUGUGGUGCACAAGACCGUAGACGAAUUACAAACUUCAUAAUUGCCAUGUCUGAGGGCAACAUCGCCAUCGGAAAUGAUUUUGAGCGAGAUGGACAUGUAGACGAAGCGCACGACGAUGCGGUUGACGUCUCUGACGAAUAUGCAAAGCGACUACUUGAGGACACACCAGGUGACGAGGUCAAUACUACCAAUGACGAGAUCCUUGCCUUCUUAAAAAUGAUGCAUGUUAAUAUGCAGAACAUAGAUUCCCGUCUUGAGCAAGUUGAAAAUAUAAACGUGGCGAAUUUGGCGCCAAAACAUGGCUCUGACCAUGGCAGUCGUAAACGGAAGGCGACCAAAAGCCUGAGUGUUUUGCACCAGGAAACCAUCGACUCAGAUGAUGAGGAUGCGUUACUAUCUAAAGUUUUAGCUGACACUGCUGACCCAGCAGAAAAAGCAUCAAAUACAAGCUCUAACGAUCCCAAAAAUUUGGGAGACGCUGAUACGUUGUUGUCAGACCUUGCUCAAGAACUUACCGAACAGGAACCUACUUCUCCUGCGGUGAAUGACGAUUUAGCGGCAAUGCUAAACAAGCGUUGGGCGGAGAAAUUGUCCGACAAGAAACUAACCGGGAAACUUGAUUCAAUUCAUCGCCCUGAUAAUUGCUCGGCUCUGGUGGUGCCUCGUGUAAAUCCAGAAAUUUGGUCAAACCUUCCCAAAUUUGUUAAACGGAAGGACCUUCGUACUGCGAAUAUUCAGCGGAAUUUGUCGAAAGCCGGCAGCUCCUUAAUCUGUACCACAAAUAAGCUUCUUGCCGCUCGGCAGCAGACCAUUGAGGUGGACCCCACUGAGAUUAUUAAAUCCAACAUGGAUAUUAUUGCCAUUCUUGGCCAUGCCUUCGUCGAACUAUCCCAUCAUAGGAGAGAUGCCAUAAAGCCAAAUCUCAACAAGGAGUUUGUGGCCCUUUGUUCUGAAAAAGUGCCGGUCACCGCCAAUUUAUUUGGCGAUGACCUACAAGCUGAGUGCAACAAUAUUAAAACCUCACAUAAACUCAGCCAAUCAGCUAGCAAAGGCCGAGAUAAAAUGGAUAGACGAAGAUAUACCGCUACUCCAUAUCCUUCACGCAAUACCAGCGAAUCUCCACGGCAGCCUUUUUUAUCCCAAAGGAAACCAUGGCGAAACAACAAGCCAUGGUUUCCAAAGUCAGCAUCCAAAGGCCAAAAACAGCAACAGUAAGCCUGGAAAAUAAUUCACAUUUUACGGUGAGUUCUCACAAACAAUACAUAAGCAAGCUGAUAUCUGAUUUACAUAAACAGGUUAGUUGUUUUCAGGCGGGACAAAUUUCCUUUUGUCUGUCCGAAUGGACAAAACUUACAUCUGACAAAGAGAUUUUGAAUAUGGUUAAAGGAUAUACUAUUGAGUUGCUUGAGGAACCUCCUCCUAAUGGCACUCGAUCAAAUUAUCAAUUUAGUACCACUGAGGAACAAGUUAUUGAACUUGAGAUAUCCAAACUUGUUACAAAGAGGGUUAUAAUCCCUUCUCAACAUGAGGGUACUACCUUCCUUGACUGUGCCCGUAAUGUCGUAGACACAGUUG